UUUUGUAUUUUUAUCGACAUUUUCUUUUAUACAAUGCAAACAGACAUUUAAACUCCCCACAUCCACACACCCACACUUCAAACCUGCAUGAAUCCUGAUCAAGUGUAGAAAUGAACAUAGCUCUCACAGUGACACUAAAAACGAACAAAACAAAAAUAGUCAUAGAGACAAGAUUCCUCUUGCCCCUUUUUCCCCAUGAAUAACCUCCGCCCCCACUCCCUAUGAUAUUCAUGUGUGGCUUCCAGAUAUUCAUAAAGUCCCGUUGUUUGCUCUCGUCAAUGUACGUUAGUGUUUCCAGGCUUAGAAAAUCUGCACUCCUUCACCCAGAGUCCCAGCCGUGCUCCUCCAACAUAGUGCAGUGGCUCUUCUGGCUUGAAGUAUCCCAUAGUCCAGUAAUUUGUUGUAAUUUACUUCAGCAUUUCUGGUUCAUUCAUCCAACACUUCAUUUAACUUUAAAAUAAUCAACCACCCAUCCAUCCAUCGAUCCUCCAUCCUGCUGUAUCAACCAUCCACUCAUCAUCUAUCAGCCAUCGUUCAUCCAUCAUCAUUUAACCAACAUGUAAUACAUGCACCACCAGUAAUGUUGAGGCCUUAAUAUUUACACAGAUCAGCAGUAACAGCUCAUCUUAUCAUUGGAUGUUUUGUGGUGACAGAGUUUUUACAGCCUGAGUUUUGUCUCCAGGUUCAGUGUGGAUGCUCGACAGAGAUCUGAGCUUCAGCAGAAAGGCAAGGCAAGUUUAUUUAUAUAGCACAAUUCAACAACAAGGUGUUUCAAAGUGCUUUACAGAGACAUUAAAAACAAAAACAAAUAAAAAGCAUGAUUUAAAAAUGAUUAAAACAAACAAACCAGUAUAUAUAUAGAAAGGAGGGGUUUCCUGCAGCCAUCAGACAUCUACACGCAAAACACACUCACUCAUGCUUAUCUAUUAUUUAAGCUGCUUUUAACUGCUGAAAUUCACCCCACUUUAAUUGAGUAUGUAACUGUUUUAUACCUACUACUGAUCUCAUAUCUACCUGGUAUUUAGCUAUUUUGACCCACAUGUCUUUAAAGCUGAUAUUUAUCUAGUAUUUCGCUGUCUUUAACCAUACUAUGAGCUGGUAUUUUUUUGUGGGAUCUCGAUAGUAUAAAUCUGAUUUUAAACCUGGUGUUUACUGAUGCUGAUUGAACCUCCUCACUUGUUGCAGAGUCUGUCUCUGACCUGGCAUCAGAGCAGCUCAGUCAGCAGAAUCAAAUCUGUACACAUGAAUGUUUCUUCCUCUGAAAACCAAGUGAUGUUAAAGCUAAAGCUCCCACUGGACCUCACAUUAUUAACAUUUAUUUAUUUAACACAACACUUCUGGCUCUGAUUUACAAACUGCCCAGUGUUUUCCUGCAGAACAACAACAACCCAGUGCUCCCAGAAAACGCCUUCAGUGGAAACCCGUCAGAUCAAUUUUCACCUGUCAUACUAAAGUCUUUUAGGCUGGCAGUGAAGCUUUCACUUGUUUAAUUUUUCAUCCUGACAGAAACAUCCUGGUCACAACGUGGAUCACUCGUCUGUCCGUCUGCUCUCUGACCCCCUGAGUUCGUACGUUACCCUCGUGUCACAUCAGCAUCACUGCUCUGAACUCGUGAACAAGUUCGUCAUAAACUGUGCUGCUUGUCCUGCCAGAUCUCUGAGGGGAAGCAUUUUCUCACGCUUCACCAAGAGCAGAAAGGAAACACCGUGAAUGUUUUUUAACACCCACUGAAGCUCUGAAAAUCUGAAACUUUACCAAACUUUCUCAGAGCUUUGUCAGAACAAAGAAGGAAGAGCAUAGUCUCUCUGGAAGGUUCGAAAGGAUCUGAAAACCUGCAGCUGCAAGGUCCACGUCCACACCAGCACACUGACAGGUGUCACAGACAGGUGACACAGACAGGUGUCACAGACAGGUGACACUGACAGGUGUCACAGACAGGUGACACAGACAGGUGUCACAGACAGGUGACACUGACAGGUGACACUGACAGGUGUCACAGACAGGUGUCACAGACAGGUGACACAGACAGGUGUCACAGACAGGUGACACAGACAGGUGACACUGACAGGUGACACAGACAGGUGACACAGACAGGUGCCACAGAGCGAUUACAGGUGUGACUUAUGUCCGUUUCAGGAAACUGUGGGGUCAUCGAGCAGCUGUGAGAACCACUCUGAUUCACCAUCCACCGUUCGCUGCUUCACCUUCUGCUUAAAAUGGAAAACUGAAAUUUUAAUUCACAGAAUAAAUAAUCAAUAAUAAAUGAUUAAUAGAAACCGAGGCCACCUGUGUGAUUUAAAGUAAUGUGACUCCAAUGAUCUUCCUGACUUGUGUCCACCUGCAGCUCCACACACAACCUCCCACGAGGACUUCAUGCUCCACUCCACUGUGUCCUUCAUCUUCUUGACCUCCGUCCUCCUCAACCUGCUGCUCCUGCUCGCCUUCCUGCUCCUCUGCUCAGUUCCUACACCUUCCUCCUGCUCCUCACUGUGUCUCAUCGCCACCCUCUUCUGGCUUCACCUCCGCAUUCACCGCAUUAAUAAAUAUAAGCUCUCCUUUCAAAACACACUGCUCUCACUUUAUUAUAUAUGCUGGUGGUAGAUCUGGCCUUCUUGCUGUGGCCACUUUCACAGAAACACACAGAGAGACUGAUUCUGAUUGAGGGAACAGAGAAUAACCAUCAGUGAGGCCUGAGCGGACAGGAAGCACUGCAGCCUGCUACCAGUUAAAACAAUAAAUGAAAAAAAAAAAACAAGAAACAAAGCAAAACCUAUAAACAAAAUAAACAUGACAUUAAAUAAGAACAAAUGAAAACAAACAAAUAAAAAACAAGAAACUAAAAAAUAAAAACAAUAAACAAAACAAAAUCAAUGAAAUAAAUUAAAAUUAAAUUAAAACAAAACAUACUCAAACAAAAACUAUCAACAAAAUAAAAACAAUAAAUAAAGUAAGAACAACAUGCGGAGGCCCCGCCUCCCGGGAGGAAGAGAAAAACCCACAGCUCUCCUUUUACGUGCUUUUUCCGGUCCCGCGAAGUCUCGGGUUUUAUCGCGGUGAUUGUUGGUAGCAGCGGAGCUAGCAGAGCGCUAACAGAGAGCUAACGGUCAGAGCGGAGAGAACCUCCGCGAAGCUGCUUCAGAGCCGCGGAAUGAGCUCCUGGUCCCGCCGCUGAGUUCGGCCCCAGCAGGGAGCUGCAGACGGUCACCCCAACAUGGACGUAGACGUUCCGAACCGAUCCCCCGCGGAGGACGGGGAGCUAGAAGACGGAGAGAUCUGCGAUGAUGACACCGAGGAGAGAGCGCCUCCGCGGCGGGGGGAUGGGAGCAGGCCCCGUGGCGGUGCUCCUCCAAGGCCACGAAAGCCGCACAAGCACCCGCACGGCGCGCCGCCGCACUUGGGCCACCCGCCGCCGGACUUCCGCCACCUCAUGCCCUACAGCCUCGGCCCAUUCCCGCCCGGCCACCGGCAGCAGUGCGGGCCGAGCGGGCCCGACCGGCCUCCCUCCCCGCCGCCGCAGCAGCAGCCUCCCGGGCUCGGCUCUCACGGGGAGCCCGGGCCGCGGUCCAGCUUCUGGGAGCGCAGCCACGGCGCACUGGGACGCUUCCGACACCGCGGCAUGCCGAACGGAGGCCCCGGGGGCUGGAGCCGGGGCGGCCGGGGGGGCAACAGCCGGCCGCCUCCCGGACGGUACCUGCCCGGAGAGAGCCACAGCUCCCCCGCGAGGAAGCAGAAACCUCUCGGGAGGAACCGGCUCAGGAAGGCGGCUCACGGCGCUCCCAGGCCGGAGAGCAGUGGUGACGAGUCCUUCGAGGAUCUGCUGUCCAAAUACAAACAGAUCCAGAUCGAACUCGAGUGCAUCCGCAAAGAGGAGACGAUGGCCCUGGAGCCACGGACGUCACCAGUCAGGGACGACGUGGUGGAGUGUGUAGCCGCCACUCUAACGGACGCCAAAGCUGAACCGGGCCCGGCUCUGAGUCCGGCAGCAGCCGCGGAGGAGGUGUCGGAGCUGGAGAGGAAGAAAGUGUUCCAGGCCUUCAACAUCAAACCGCUUCGUCAGAAACUCCCCACGCCGGCCGACCUGGACGAGCUGCAGAAGAAGUGGGCAAAGCCUGAUGGUGAAGGGGAUCAGCCAAUCACAGAUAACGGAGCAGAACUGGAAGGAAAAGGUGCCAAAGAAGCAGAAGAGGGGACGCGCGAGAGCGGCGGUGAGGGAGAACAGCGAGCAGAAGGAGGAGACCCCGCAGACGAGAGGCCGUGUGACCCGUGCAUCAUUGAGGAGCAGGAGAAACCGCCGCCGCCGUGUCCCAGCGAGUCGUCGGCGUCCAGCGAGGACUCUCCAGACAAGGCCACGGAGAAGGUGGUGGUGGUGGAGGAGGAGGAGCUGUCAGAGCUGCAGCUGCGUCUCCUCGCUCUGCAGUCGGCCAGUAAGAAGUGGCAGCAGAAGGAGCAGCAGGUGAUGAGGCGGAGCAAAGAACGCAUCACUAAAGCCACCCAGGAGAAGAGCUCGGGCCCCGGGGCCGCCCCACCCGCCAGGCAGAGGGUCACCACCAGGUCCGCUUCCACUGCCGCCGCUGCCACAGAGAGGAGCAGGACCAGGUCCAAACCUCAGGACAGGGACCGCGAGCGAAACAAGACCGGGCCCAGACCUCAGGACAGAGACAGACCCAAGCCAUGUACCAAAGCCGGACCUAAAGGCCCGCUGGAGAGGGCCCGCAUCCCCGGGAAGGCUCACAUCACCAAGAAGAUCAGCCCAGGUUCGGCGGCAAAGCAGGCGUUCAGAAAGCAGCAGGUGAGGACGUGGAAGCUGCAGCAGCAGAGGGAGCAGGAGGAGAAGCGACGGCAGGAGGAGGAGGAGCGCCGCAAGCGGGAGGACGAGAUCCGGCGAAUCCGCGACUUGUCCAACCAGGACGAACAAUAUAAUCGCUUCAUGAAGCUGGUGGGCGGGAGGAAGAGGACGCGCAGCAAGUCCAGGGACCGGGACCACCGCAAGUCUGCAGGCAAGCCGGGCCUGGACACCUCGGGGAACCUCUACCAGUACGACAACUAUGACGAGGUGGCGAUGGACACGGACAGUGAGACUGGCUCGCCAGUCCCGUCGCCGACGCACAGCAACCUGCUGUCUGUGGAGGAGGCGGCGUGCAUCCCUCACCUGUACGGCGCCGACCCCGUUCCUUUCGGAAUGGAAUUCUCGCAGCCCUUCCUCCCCCCGCUGCUCUCCGCCAUUCCUCCCCCACCUCCUCCCCUCCCCCCUCCCCCAGAUGAGCUGGAGCCCCCCCCAAAACCUCCAUUUGCUGAUGAAGAGGAGGAGGAGGAGAUGCUCCUCAGGGAGACCUGCCUGAUGUCUAUGGCCAACAAGAGGGUGGUGGUCUCGGAGAAGAGCUCCAGCGCUCCUCCUUCUCCAGGUGGGCCUCCCCCCGCAGACCUUCAGCCUCCACCCAGAGGAAACCUGAGCACGGUCAGUCUGAACACGGUGCCUCAGCCCCGCCCAAACAAGGCCGCCAGAGUGCACCUCGCCGCCAGAGCGCCACUUGUGCUGCCUCGACAUAAGACGGUGGUGGUUUCUCUCAACGACUCUGACGACAGCGACUCGGACAUGGACGCCUGCAGCUCAUCACAGGCGGUGUUUGGCGGCCUGGAGUUCAUGAUCAAAGAGGCCCGAAGGACGGUGGAGGCGGCGAAGCCAAAAGGAGCGUCGGCCUCUGAGAAGGAGAACAACCCGGUCCGAACGCCGGAGGCUCUGCCUGACGCCAAGAAGGCCGAGUACCGCCUACUCAAAGAGGAGAUCGCCAGCAGGGAGAGGCAGAGGAUGAUGAAGGAACAGAGCCCUCGUGGCUCCGCCUCGCCCGCCACUGCAGACUCCAUCGACUCCUCCCUGAAGCCAGCGGUGGAGCUGAAGCUGAGCGAGGCCGAGCUGAAGCUCAGCAAACACAGGGAGCUGCUGCAGAGAGAUGAGGCCGUGCUUCGACACCUGCUGCAGCAGGAGCUGAAGAAGAACGAGUCGCUGAAGGCCGCCGAGGCCAAAGUGGCCAAACUGAGGGAGCAGCUGCAGGCGUCGGAGAGGAUCGUCAGCGCCAACAAGACGCUCCUCAGGAAGCUGCGCGAGCAGGUCCACCGGGUGGAGCAGCGGGUCUCCGUGAAGAAGACGGUGGCGGUGCGGUUAGAGCAGGAGCUGGUGCAGGCUCACCUGGCUGCCGGCAGGGCGCCCAAACGGCGAGCGGACUCCAGCCGGCCCACGCUCAGCAAGUUGCCGCGGCGUGACGCAGCGCCCCGUGGUUCUGAGCGUCACUUCGCCGAGCUCAUCGCUCAGAAGCAACGACUGCAGCAGCUCGAGUCCGAGUACGCGCUGAAGAUCCAGAAGCUGAAGGAGGCGCAGGUGCUGCGAAACAAAGGCAUCCCGCCAGAGCUCCCCGUAGAGCCGCCGUUGCGAUCCGCCACGCCCCCGGACCCUCAGGUCCAGCUGCCGCCGCCGCAGCCCUCACUGCACGACCUCUCCCAGGACAAGCUGACGCUGGACAGCGAGGACCCCGCGGAGGCCGAGGAUCACGAACCGGAACCUGCGCCCGCUGCUGCGGCCAGAGGCGGCCGUCGCUCCUCCUUCCGUCAGUCCAGCUGCUCCUUCACCAAACCCCACCUGGACGCCACGAGCUCGGCUCCGCCCAAAGACGUCAGCACUGCCGCCAAGCCUGUGAAGGCGCUGCCCAGCGGCUUGGCGGGCGUGGAGCUUCCUGCUGAGAUGUUCGCGGGGCUGGACAUGGACGCCCUGAAGCGGCUGUACCAACAGAAGACACCUCUGGGAGAUCUGCUGCUGAUGGAGCUGCAGGUGCUGGGGGAGGACGUGGACCCCGCCCCCGCCGCACAGGUGUUUCCUGCUGAGGUGGAGACAGCGGUGAGUUCGUCGGGCAGCUUGGAGCUGAGGCCGCUUCCCUUCGGACCGUACCACAGCCCUCUGCUGGUCUUCAGGUCCUACAGGUUCAGCCCGUACUACAGGACCAAGGAGAAGCUGUCUCUGAGCUCGGUGACGUACAGCAACGCCAUCGAAGCAAAGAAGUGCUUCUGCCGCUUCGACCUCACGGGAACGUGCAACGACGACGGCUGCAGAUGGCAGCACAUGAGGAACUGCACUCUGAGCGGGAACCAGCUCUUCCAGGACAUCCUGUCCUACGACCUGUCGCUGAUCGGCUGCUCCGACGGCAGCUCGGACGAGGACGUGUGCGCCGCCACAGAGAAGUACAUGAAGAGGCUGUUCGGCUCUAACAAGGACCGCAUGGGCGUCGAUCAGAAGGCCGUCCUCCUCGUCAGCAAAGUCAACGAAAGCAAGCGCCACGUCCCGCCCUACACCACCUACAAGGAUGCGAGGAGGUGGAGGCCGAAGCCAUCGAUGCAAAGUGAUCUCGGUCCCAAGGACGACGGCAGCGGCGAUGAGGGGAUGGCGGCCGGUCACAUGACACCUGGCAGAGACAGCGGCGCUCACACUGGCCUCUCCGCUCUGGACGCGUGCGUCACCUCGGAGGACAAACGCUACUUCAUCAGCGAGACGGACGACAUCGCCAACCUGGAGGCCAGCGUCCUGGAGAGCCCCCGAGACACUCAGCUGUGGAUCAAGCUCGCCUUCAAAUACCUCAAUCAGAGCGAGACCUCUGCGGCAGAGUGUUUGGAAGCCGCCCUGAACACGCUGUCACGCGCUUUGGAGAGCAACUGCGAUAAUCCCGAGGUGUGGAGCCAUUACCUGUCCUUGUUCUCCAGGCGGGGCAGCCGGGAGGAGGUGCAGGAGAUGUGCGAGAUGGCGGUGGAGCACGCCCCCGACUACAGAGUGUGGUGGAACUACCUGAACCUGGAGAGCUCGUUUGAAGGGAAAGACUACGUGUGCGAGCGUCUGCUGCAGUUCCUCCUUGCCGAGGCGUCAUCUGGAGUCACGGAGAAGCUGUCCUUCGAGCUGAUGGAGGCGCUGCUCUACAGAGUCCAACUGAGCCUGUUCACGGGCCGGCUGGAGAGCGCGCUCGCCGUCCUGCAGAACGCUCUGAAGUCACCUCAGGACCGGAGCAUCGCCGACCACCUGAUGGCUGCCGACCGGGCGCUGCUCUGGCUCUCCUACAUCCACCUGACGGAGUUCGACCGACUGCCGGCGUGCCUGUACGACCCCGCGGAGUCCGGCCCGUCCCGUGUAGUCAGCAGGGAGCCGUUCCUGCUGCCAUGGAGGACGCCGCGGGACAUCAGCACGCCCGCCGACAUCCUCGUCGCUCUCUUCCAAGAUGGCGUCCGUCAGUGCAGCGACGAGCACGCAUCUGACAGCGAGAGGACGCUGGCCUGCCUUCCUCUGCACACCAACCUCAUCUUCCUCUACAAGUUGCUACAGAGGUACAGCGAGGGCGUCACUCUGUGCGAGUCGCUGCUCGAGUUCUGUCCCGAGUCGUGCGUUCUGCGAGACACUGUGGCCGACCUCCACCUGCACGGCGGGAGCGGCGACCGGGCGGUCAGCAUGUGGCUCCACGCUCUGGCCGAAUGCCCCCACAACGCUGAGGUCUUCUACCACUGCUGCAAGUUCCUCAUGGCUCAGGAGAAGGCGGGCGCCAUCACGCCGCUGUUCAGAGGCUUCGUGCUGUCGCUUUGCGAGGACGAACAGAGUCCGCGGACGCCCGUAGAUGUGCUGCGGCACAUCCUGGGCUUCUCCUCCUCCUCCGAGCUGCUGGGAGGUCCCGCCAUCAAGAAGGAGCUCCAGGAGCGGCUGAGCCAGCAGAUGAGCUUCCUCCACCUCAUUCACUGUCGGUGGCAGUGGCUGCACGGCUCGGUGGAGGACGCAGCGGAGGCGUUUGAGCGAGCGCUGGGGGCGGUCACCCAGCUGGAGGAGCUUCACAGGCUGUGGAUGGAUUACCUGAUGUUCAGCUGCAGCCCGCAGGCCCGCGCCACCACCGCCGCCUCACAGUCCAGGACGUUCUCAGACCUGGUCCAGCGCUGCCUCAGCACCACCCCCUCGAGACUCGAGCUCCCCUUCAACCCCGCAGAGUUCUGGAGCUGCUACCGCUUCCACAACAAGGUGGUCGCGCUUUACCUGAGCUGCCUGCCGCCAUCCCAGCAUGCACUGGUUCUGGAGAGACUGUGCUACACUAUGCCCAAUAACACUGAGCUGGGCCUCAGGUUGCUGCACCAGGAGUGGCUGGAUGGGAACGUGGAGCACCUGAAGUUCCAGGCCCGGAUGCUGAGCGGUAACACCCCCAAGUGUCUGAGCAGCUGGAAAAUAGCAAUCGCCGUGGAGGAGGAGCUAAAGGAGCGAGCUGAGGUGCGUCACAUGUUCCAGCAGGCCCUGCAGAACCUCCCACUGAGCGCAGCCCUGUGGAAACAUCGUCUGCUGCUGGAGGCAGCGGACGGCGGGGCCUCGGAGCGCCUUCGGCGGCUGUGGGACUGCUGUCAGCGGGCGGGGGUGAGCGUGAGCGGGGGCGUCGGCCCAUCGCUCAGCGAGGACGGCUGAUCGGACUGAUCAUUAAUAGAUCAAUAAUGAGAGGCUGUAGGUGACUGAGUGAGAGCAGACGAGGUAAGCCAGACGUCCCCCUCCCCGGCCGCUGAAGCCACGCACCCUCCGGGAGCGCCUCGGUGUGAGUGUAAGUAUCGAGAGCUGAGUGCCGCCCUCACUCUUCAUCACCUUUCUUUAGUUCCUCACUUUUCAGUUGGAGUCAUUUCCCUCCCUUUUAUAUCUCAUUUACCUGACGGGGAGGGCGGGGGGAGGGGGGUGCUGAGGGUGUGUUUGGCGCCUGUGUGUGUGUGUGUCAAGAGGACGCCGCCGUCGCCUGUCUGUGGACUCUUUAGUUAAACAAACUGAGUGUUGCUGAGGCGACGCGGCUGAGAAAGGGAGCGGAUGCAGAGACUGGACCGACCACCGCCGCUGUUGGCCACGCCCCUCUGAGACUCAUGUGCAAUGUGCUUUUGUUUUGUCAAUCAGCUGAUUAAAGAGUAUUAGCAGCAGAGGAGACGCGCGUCCUGCCACUGAUGUUUUUUACAUUCACCUGUUAUUAAAUUAUUUUCUAAAAUAA